UGGAGCAGAUAUCGAAGAGACAGGCAGCCAUUCAAUAUCAAGUAUACGUUAUAUUGAAAUAUCAACAUUUCUAUUUGAUUUGAGAGCUUGGAACUUCGAUCAGACACCAUGUCGACAGUCAGUGCCCUGCCUUUCCUGAAAUCUAGUCUCCUAACGCGCCCUCCCAUGGGUCCCAUCACCCCCAGGCACGGGCGUCGCCACACACUCCCGGCCAGCGAGUUCCGUUGCCUCAGCCCGGAGGACUCAAUCAGCGUGUUUGAGAUCGAAAGAGAGGCCUUCAUCUCUGUGUCUGGAGAGUGUCCGCUCCACUUGGAUGAGGUGUGUCACUUCCUGACGCUGUGCCCUGAGCUGUCUCUAGGCUGGUUUGAGGAGGGACGCCUCGUUGCCUUCAUCAUAGGAUCACUGUGGGACCAGGAGAAACUAGCCAUGGACGCUCUCACCCUCCACAAGCCCCAUGGCUCCACGGUCCACCUCCAUGUGCUUGCUGUCCACCGCACCUUCCGGCAGCAAGGCAAGGGCUCCAUCCUGAUGUGGCGCUACCUGCAGUACCUGCGCUGCCUGCCCUAUGUUCGCUGCGCCGUGCUCAUGUGCGAAGACUUCCUGGUCCCUUUCUACCAGAAGUCAGGAUUUAAAGUGCAGGGCCCCAGCGACAUCACCGUGGGGCCCCUGACCUUCAUUGAGAUGAUGUACCCUGUCCGGGGCCACGCGUACAUGCGCCGCAACAGUGGUGUUUGAGGGGAUACGAACCAAGAUGGAUGCCUCCUUCAAUGGGGGGUGUUUGACCAACCUUCCGUGGCUGGAGGACGGCUACAGUGGCAAGAAAAUGUAUGUGAACCCUUUGGAAUUACCUGGACUUCUUCAUAAAUUGGUCAUCAAAUUUGAUCUGAUCUUCAUCUAAGUUACAACAAUAGACAAACAGUCUGCUUAAACUAAUAACACACAAACAAUUAUACGUUUUCAUGUCUUUAUUUGCAGUGCAGUGUGGAAAAAGUAUGUGAACCCAUGGAUUUAAUAACUGGUUGACCCUCCUUUGACAGCAGUAACCUCAACCAAAUGUUUUCUGUAGUUGCGGAUCAGACCUGCACAACGGUCAGGAGGAAUGUUGGACCAGUCCUCUUUAUAAAACUGCUUCAGUUCAGCAAUAUUCUUGGGAUGUCUGGUGUGAACUGCUCUCGAGAUCCUGCCACGGCAUCUCAAUCGGGUUGAGGUCAGGACUCUGACUGGACCACUCCAGAAGGCGUAUUGUCUUCUGUUGAAGCCAUUUUGUUGUUGAUUUACAUCUGUGUUUUGGGCUGUUGUCCUAUUGCAUUACCCAACCUCUGUUGAGCUUCAAUUGGCAGACAGAUAGCCUUACAUUGUCCUGCAAAAUGUCUUGAUAAACUUGGGAAUUCAUUUUUCCGUCGAUGAUGGCAAGCUGUCCAGGCCCUGAGGCAGCAAAGCAGCUUCAAACCAUGAUGCUCCCUUCACAAUACUUUACAGUUGGGAUGAGGUUUUGAUGUUGGCGUGCUGUGCCUUUUUUCUCUCGACUCAGUGUUGUGUUCCUUCCAAACAACUGAAUUUAGUUUCAUCUGUCCUCAGAACAUUUUGCCAGUAGCGCUGUGGAACAUCCAUAUGCUCUUUUGCGAACUUCAGACGUGCAGCAAUAUUAUUUUGGGACAGCAGUGGCUUCUUCUGUGAUGUCUUCCCAUCAACACCAUUCUUGUUUAGUGUUUACGCAUAGUAGACUUGUCAAAAGAGAUGUUAGCAUGUCCCAGAGAUUUCUUUAAGUCUUUAGCUCACACUCUAGGAUUCUUCUUAACCUCAUUGAGCAUUCUGCGCUGUGCUCUUGCAGUCAUCUUUGCAGGACGGCCACUCCUAGGGAGAGUAGCAACAGUGCUGAACUUUCUCCAUUUAUAGACAAUUUGUCUUACCUUGAACUGAUGAACAUCAAGGCUUUUUUUGAUACUUAAGUAACCCUUUCCAGCUUUAUGCAAGUCAACAAUUCUUAAUCUUGGGUCUUCUGAGAUCUCUUUUGUUCGAGACAUGGUUCACAUUAGGCAAUGCUUCUUGUGAAUAGCAAACUCAAAUAUGGUGAGUUUCUAAUCCUAAUCCAUCUCUAAUCCAGCCUCAAUGAUUGUACCUCAGGUUAGCUGACUCCUGACUCCAAUUAGCUUUUGGAGAAGUCAUUAACCUUGGGGUUCACAUACUUUUUUCCAACCUACACUGUGAAUGUUUAAAUUAUGUGUUCAGUAAAAAAAUACAAUAAUUUGUGAGUUAUUAGUUUAAGCAGACUGUAUUUGUCUGUUGUUGUGACUUAGAUGAAGAUCAGAUCAAAUUGUAUGACCAAUUUAUGCAGAAAUCCAGAUAAUUACAGUUAAUGCAUUCAUCUUAAGAUAGCUAGGUAGGACAACCACAUAUCACAGUCGUAGUAAGUAAAUUUCUCCUCAAAGUAGUCAAAGUCAAAGCUAGUCAAAUGUGAGUGUUCGUUCACGAAAGGCUUUUUUUAAUCUCAAAGGCUGACAUGAUCUUUGGGGAAGAUAUGGAAUUACUUGAGUAAUUAUGAAUGUAUUACUUUAUUCAUUUUUACAAAAUGUCUUAUUCAAGAUGACCAAAUAGAAUCUGCUACCCGCAGAAAAUGCUAGGUUCACAUUAGAAAAGUACAGCAAGGGAAAGUGCAGCAAAGUACAUGUUUUUGUAUAAAAUGCUGGACAUUUUUUAACUCAUUAAGUCUGAGAUUUUAGCAAACAAAUUGCAUCUUGGUGGAUGACUUGAGAAUCUAACAAAAAUGCAGAUAUGCCUAGAUUGUAGAAGGGUCCGAUAGCUUCUCUCUUUCUGUUAGCGUUUUGUGGCUGUGCUGCUUGUGUAUCAAUCCAUGGCAAGCAUUAAAACAGCAUUAACUCAAUGCCAAGCAACCAAGGAGGACACUUUAAAUCUCAUUCUUCCUGUCUGAAAAUGCAGCUUUAUGGCACAUCAACACCUGGGCGAUUGCCUGGGACUUUAAUUUGCUUUUCAAGAUCACUAAUGUUUUUGUUUAUCCUUCUGUAUUUAUGCCUUUAAAAUGCACUGGGCAGCUAAAAGAGCUGGGUGGGGACUUUUAUAAACCAUGGUAGUAGAUUUAAUGGUAGUAUUACUCUUUUAGCCAGCAUCUGUUUCUUUUUUAGAUUGUGAGAAAAUUAUUGAAAUUAGAUUACCGAUAUACAGUAUAUCAGGGAGGGAUAUAAGCAAACCAGGCUGUGUGUUUGUCGGCAGAGACGCCAGUCUCCAAAGUAGACCAGUAUUGCACUCCCCUCUCCCUGGGGCUAUAGGGGUUAAUCUGCUAACGUGUCCCAUUAGCAAGCAUUAUUGUCGUUAACUUCUAGGGAUUUACGAGAAUCGUCUCUUUGCUGCUGCCAAGCCUUUUAAACAAAGCCAGGCCUACUGUAUUCAGUAAGCAGCAUUACCUGUACAGGCCAUGUCUGGAGGGUGUUAGUAGUAAUGACACAUUUAUGGGAAUCCAAUUGCCAAUAUAGUAUGGAGUUUUGAACAAUGUACUUGUAGCUUGCACAGUAUUUGAAAAUAGACUUUAUAGCAUUUGAAUGUUUGAAACACAGCAUUUUUUUUACCAAUAUCCCUCCCUGGGAUUUUCCAUUCCCCUUGAUAAAUGAGUCGUCUUUUUCCCUGUAGAAAAUCACCACCUCUGCCUCCAUCAAUUUUGAAUCAAGACAUUAAUGAUUUUUAUAACAUUUUGAAAGUAAGAAAAUAAACACAUUUUCAAACAUUUCUGUUUCGGACUAUUUCCCUUUCAUUUGGAAUGUAGAAAUGCAUGAGACUGUAGGGUUUCUAUGGUUAACAAAUGGCAGAUGUAGAGGACAAAGCAACUUGUUUACAACUUCUCCGCUUGCAAAAACAUGACCCACAGAGAUUAAAGUUGUGGAGAGUAAAUUUCUCUUGAAGAGGGUGAAUCUGCAACAGUAUUUCUAUUCCUCGCUUUUCAAGCACCACCACACGACCCGGCUGAAUGCGAUUGUCAAGAGAAAUAGUUCAGAAGCAUAGAUCCAAAGUAGUAGUUCCUUGAGCCAUUUUCACAAAAGUCAGGAAAGGUUACCGGUAGUUGAAUCUAUGAGCUC